UAACAGUUAGGCUUUUUAUUGUAACCCGCUAACUGUAAACUGUUGCUCCCAAUUUGGUGCAAGAUGUCGCUGAUUUCCUUACAGAAUAUUGAAAAUCUAGAUUUCUUCAUUCACCUAAAAACAGUUACAGAUUCGGAAAUAUCUCAACUCCUGAAAAUCCAGCUUCAGUUUGGAAAACAAAAUUCGGUAAUCCUUUUCAGAAUCGGAAAACCCUUCACCGACAAUUUAAGCUAUUUCCUCCCAUAUACAUAGAUAUGUCUUCAUGUUUGUGAUUCCUGACUGUAAAAUAUGGAUCAUCUAAGUGAAUUGCCGGACGAAAUCCUUGAGAGCAUAAUCUCGAAUUUGUCGAUAAAAGAAGCAGCAGCAACGAGCAUCCUCUCCCGCAGGUGGAGACACUUAUGGAAAAAUAUUAAUUAUCGUAUUCUUGACAUUGAUCUUGCAGAUUUAAUCUCCAUCUAUUGGUACCACAAUAUAACAUCACCACUUGAAAGAAGUGAAAUUUUCAGUUUAAUGUCGACCAUCUUGGAUCAACAACAAGGCUCAACCAUACAUGAACUCAGAAUCCGCUUUCCUUAUUGCUAUUGCAGCUUCUGGGAUGAAUUUGAUGUACGCCCAUUAGUUUAUUGGAUUAAGACGGCCGCUAAAAAGAAAGUUAAAAAUCUUUUUUUACAGUUAUACACAUUGGGUGGUAAAACUAUUACCAAUGCUUGGCUAUUCCACACGCUUCCUUCCAGUUUCAGUUCUCUCGUGUCUCUUCGCCUCGUAGCUUUACAUUCUUCAUAUUCUAAAACAUUGAUCGACUAUUUUUUAUUGAAUGCUCCACUUUUAGAGGUAUUGUGUAUUCAAAAGUGCUCUGACUUGACAAACUUGAAAAUUUACUCUCUAAAGCUAAGACAUUUUACUUUAACUGAUACCUUGACUAAAUGUCUUGAAAUAUCAACACCAAAUCUCGAAUCUUUCAUGUUUAGGCACGAGUCUGAGCCAACCAUCUUGUUUAAAAACGUUCCGUCUCUCAAACAUAUAUCUCUGGAGGGAUUCGACUCUUACCGGCUUAUAGUAAGUAAUCAUCGAAACCCUAUUUUGGGUUUGCUAACUCAGCUUGACUCGCUUGCAUUGACAAAACUACGCCCGGCGUACAUAACUUCUAGUCCUAUCAUAAACUUUCCUACUACGAAAAAUCUUAAGCAGUUGCAGCUCUCACUAGAUUGUUAUUAUGAAUUAGUCAACACUCUGACUCCGUUGCUACGAGCUUCGCCAGAGUUGCUUAAAGUAACACUCAUCAAUUUGGAAAAUGCGGUUUAUCGGAAUUCAAGGCGGGAAUCAGCGCUGAAUUCACGUCAUCAAUGCCUUGAGGUGGUGGAAAUGGUCAGAUUUAUAGGUUCAAGCCAAGAGAUAGAAUUCGCUGGUUACUUAGCUGAGUAUGCUGCUUCACUGAAGAAGAUAAUAAUACAUAAUCAUGAAUCCGUCCAUUCAAUUGGGUUGCUUCAAUUGAAACGUAGGCUACCUUCGUCUGUGGAGAUACAGAUAAUUUAG